UCUUUCCUUUUUCUAUUUUGUUACUUUGUAGACUUUGUCUUCUCUCCCAAAUCUCAUCUACCGGUCAAUCCUGCCCACCGCUUACUUGGUCUUCUCUCCCAGCGAACGGCCGGUCAACACUGUGUUUUUUUAAUUCCAAUUGUGUCAUCUAAAGCGCAAACAUACAUAACUUCAACUUCAUUUCAAUUGAUCUCUAAUAAAAAUGGAGAAUUCAAGUCAAGAAUCGCAUCUCCGAUCUGAAAAUUCCGUUACAUAUGACUCCUCUUACCCGAUCUACGCUAUGGCUUUUUCAUCCUUCACUUCUUCCCUCACAAACCGCCGCCGUCGACUUGCCGUCGGAAGCUUUAUCGAAGAGUUCAACAAUCGUGUUGAUAUUCUCUCUUUCGAUGAAGAUACCCUAACCCUUAAGCCCGUUCCAAAUCUCUCUUUCGAACACCCUUAUCCACCUACAAAGCUCAUGUUUCAUCCUAAUCCUUCUGCUUCACUAAAGACUAAUGAUAUUCUAGCCUCUUCCGGCGACUACCUCCGUCUCUGGGAUGUUACUGAUACUUGUAUUGAACCACUUUUCACUCUCAGUAACAAUAAAACCAGUGAAUACUGUGCUCCUUUGACGUCUUUUGAUUGGAAUGAAGUGGAGCCGAGAAGAAUUGGUACUUCUAGUAUAGACACUACUUGUACCAUCUGGGAUGUUGAAAAAGGAGUUGUGGAAACUCAAUUGAUAGCACAUGACAAAGAGGUUUACGAUAUAGCUUGGGGUGAAGCUGGGGUUUUUGCGUCUGUUUCUGCUGAUGGAUCCGUUAGGAUUUUUGAUUUGAGAGAUAAGGAACAUUCGACGAUUAUUUAUGAGAGCCCGAAACCGGAUACACCAUUGUUGAGGUUGGCUUGGAACAAACAGGAUUUGAGAUACAUGGCUACCAUAUUGAUGGAUAGCAACAAGAUUGUGAUCUUAGAUAUUAGGUCUCCAGCAAUGCCGGUGGCUGAACUGGAAAGGCAUCAGGCGAGUGUGAAUGCUAUUGCUUGGGCUCCGCAGAGCUGUAGACAUAUUUGUUCUGGUGGGGAUGACGGACAGGCGCUCAUUUGGGAGUUGCCAACUGUUGCAGGGCCUAAUGGGAUUGAUCCCAUGUCAGUGUACUCCGCUGGAGCUGAGAUUAAUCAAAUUCAGUGGUCUGCUGCACAGCGUGAUUGGAUUGCCAUUACGUUUUCUAACAAAUUGCAGCUGCUUAAAGUAUAAAUCGAUGGAAUAAUUGAAGUUUUACUUGUGGAUUAAUGGAGGAGUUCAUUCCUGUCUUUCUUUGUUAGAGAUUGAAAAAUAUUUUGCCUUGUAUUUCUUUAAUAGUAAAUUACUUGAAUAAAAACAUCAUUAUCUUUA